CAACAUACGUGUAAGAUAGAAGGUUAUGAUAAUUAUUGUUGAAUUAAAUUCAAGGAUAGAAACUAAAAUUAUAUUUAAUCUAAUAUUUCCAAGUAACCGUCCAAAAAGAAAAAGGAAGAAGUUUGUAGCAAAAUCUCAGCCUCUGCGUCUCUAUCUUCAAUCUUGACUCUUCACCCAACCAAACAAUUGGUUUUACAAAUUUGUGGUACCAAAAACUCACAACUUUAAUUAUGCUUCGAAGGCAGAAACAGUUCCACGUAGUCACAUAAAUUUUCCAAAAUGAAACAAAAGUUUUCCUUCAGAGAAUCCCUUUAGUAUAAACCUCAAUAUUAACAUAAUCCUACUCAGCUUCUGUUCCCACCACACCAUUGUCUUUUCUUCCUUCUUCUUCCUCUCUUUCCUCUCCACAGAUUCUUGGCCUCUAUUUCAACUCACUCUCUUCAAUAUUUUGCCACCCAUCAUUCCUCUAUUGGUUUCUUCUUCUUCUUCCUUUCCAAUGUCCAUCUUAGCUCAAAACAAGUUCCUUCUGAGCUCUCGGUCCCAUGUUAAUCCAUGCAGCACUCCGAUUCCACGCAGAGUUGUCUACUGCAUAGCUAAUACCACCGUCAAUGGUGUUGCUACCAGUCCGAAGCAUGCUGAUGGUCAACUAGUCAUUGAGCGUGAGGUUAUAUCUCCUACUCCACUUACAUUUGUCAAUUCCUCCACCUAUUAUUCUGUUCUUAAUGACCCGAGUUUACGAUCAACUUGGAGUCAUCGUGCGUGGGUGGCUGGUGGGUGCACCACAGUGCUAAUCUCUUUGGCAAAAUCAAUAGUGGGUGCAGCCAGUUCACAUAUCUGGCUUGAGCCUGCUUUAGCAGCAUUGGUAGGCUACAUUUUAGCUGACCUUGGAUCCGGAGUAUAUCAUUGGGGCAUCGAUAACUAUGGUGAUGCAUCAACCCCAAUCUUCGGUACUCAAAUAGAAGCAUUCCAAGGCCAUCACAAGUGGCCCUGGACAAUCACGAAGCGACAGUUCGCCAACAAUUUGUACGCUUUGGCACGAGCUGUGACUUUUGCUGUACUUCCUGUAAGCCUUGCAAUUGAUGAUCCCAUUCUACAUGGUUUUGUUGGUAUGUGCUCAGGUUGCAUAAUGUUUAGCCAACAGUUUCAUGCAUGGGCUCACAGUAAAAAGAGUGAACUACCUCCACUCGUGGUGGCAAUGCAAAAUGCUGGCCUGCUCGUGUCACGAACACAGCAUUCAACACAUCAUCGUCCACCCUAUAACAACAACUAUUGCAUAGUAAGUGGAAUAUGGAAUAAGCUUUUGGAUGAAACAAAGCUUUUUGAGGCAUUGGAGAUGAUCUUGUACUUCAAACUUGGGCUGAGACCAAGAUCUUGGACUGAGCCUAAUUCUGAAUGGACUGAAGAGACCGAGAUUCUUGAACAAACUACAGCCCAUUAACAACAUUCUUCUUUCAUUCAUAUUGUGCUUUUCCUUGCAAGAAUAGAAGGAAACAGAAUUUAUUUGAAAUAUUUUCAUACGUAAACUAUAUAUGAUGUUAUUUUUUUCUU